AUGAAGAAAAGACCGAAGCUUAGUCUUAUUUUUGAUGAGGAGAAGAGAAAAGAAUAUCUUACUGGAUUUCGAAAAAGAAAACUUGAACGUAAAGAAAAGGGACGUAAAGCAGCAGAAAAACAAUUAAAAAAUGAGAUUAAGGCUGUUAAGGACAAAUAUAGAGAGGCUGCUCGUCAAAAGCUUGAAAAUAUUCGGUUGCCUGGGCCUCUAGAUUGUGUUGAAAACAUCCUUUCCAAUGACAAACAGGUUAUCGGAGACCAAAGUGUUGUUAUUCAAGAAUUAGAUUUGUGUAAUUCCCAUUAUUUCAUGGGUGCUUGCAAGGAACGAAAUUCUGAUCCAAUCAUUUCUAGUGAAGAGCCACAUAUGUCGCUUAAAAAAGCACUCAAAAUGAAUCCCAUGAGGAGUAAAAAGCGUUUCCGCCGUUCAAAAAAACAAACCUCCAAACAUAAACGUCGUAAAUAG